AUGAUUUAUUUGGAAGAAAGAGAACGUUUAACGGCUGCAGCUACUUUGGCAGCGCAGAAAGCUGCUAGCGCUGCAGGUAUGCGUCCAGCUGCGGCACUCUACUCUGCUCAACAACGAGUAUUUGUCAAAGCAAAUAAUCGGAAUGGGUUGGGGUUAAGUGGAGGAAGAAGAAGAAAUACUAAUAAUGGGCACAAUUUGCCUAGUGUGGGCAUUCCUCGCGUUCUUCCUAGAACGAAUCCCUUGGAUCAACGGCUUCAAGAGUUGGGGCGAAUUUAUAGUGGAAGGUAUAAGAGUAUGCUAGAUUCUUUUCAAUAG